CACAAGGUGCUGCUCUGGAUGCAGACAUCGAUGACUUCAUCUGUUUGCUCAACUUUCUGCAAAACAAACCCAAAUUGCCACAAGUGCUACUUGUGACGAGUCCUGAUUUUACAAAUGUCUAGCUCACCCCAAGGAGCAGCACCUCUCUUUCUAAAGAUGGAUUUAUUGUUUCAAACAGACUUCUGUGAGCCUUGCGGCAAAUCUUGAAAGUGGCACAUUGUGGAGACAUGGGUGUGACUUCUCAGGCGCCUGUCUUUGGCAUGGAGACAUACCCAGGCACCUACAACAGCACUUCCCUAGAGCUCAACCUGUCCCACGCGCUUGCUGGCGCUGUCCCAGCGAACCAGACGGGCGAGCUCUCCGAGCACCAGCAGUACGUGAUCGGGCUUUUUCUCUCCUGCCUCUACACCAUCUUCCUCUUCCCCAUUGGCUUCGUGGGGAACAUCCUGAUAUUGGUGGUGAACAUCAGCUUUCGAGAAAAAAUGACAAUCCCCGACUUGUACUUCAUCAACCUGGCAGCGGCAGACCUCAUCCUGGUGGCCGACUCCCUGAUCGAGGUGUUCAACCUGGACGAGCAGUACUAUGACAUCACCGUGCUGUGCACCUUCAUGUCCCUCUUCCUGCAAAUCAACAUGUACAGCAGCAUCUUCUUCCUCACAUGGAUGAGCUUUGACCGGUACAUCGCCCUGGCCAAGGCCAUGCGCUGCAGCCUCUUCCGCACAAAGCAGCACGCCAGGCUGAGCUGCGGCCUCAUCUGGAUGGCCUCUGUCUCUGCCACCCUUGUGCCCUUCACCGCUGUCCACCUACAGCACACCGAGGAGGUCUGCUUCUGCUUUGCAGAUGUCAAGGAGAUCCAGUGGCUUGAGGUCACCCUGGGGUUCAUCAUCCCCUUCGCCAUCAUCGGUCUCUGCUAUUCGCUCAUCGUCCGGGUUCUCGUCAAGGCUCACAGGCACCGAGGCUUGCGUCCCCGCAGGCAGAAAGCCCUCCGGAUGAUCUUCGCAGUGGUCCUCGUCUUCUUCAUCUGCUGGCUGCCGGAGAACGUCUUCAUCAGUGUCCACCUCCUGCAGCGGACGCAGCCGGGGGCCGCACCCUGCACACAGUCCUUCCGCCACGCCUACCCCUUAACUGGCCACAUCGUCAACCUCGCGGCUUUCUCCAACAGCUGCCUGAACCCCCUCAUCUACAGCUUUCUCGGGGAGACCUUUAGGGACAAACUGAGGCUGUACAUUGAGCAGAAAACCAACAUGUCGGCUCUGAAUCGCUUCUGUCAUGCUGCCCUAAAAGCAGUCAUUCCAGACAGCACUGAACAGUCGGAGGUGAAGUUCAGCAGUGCGGUCUAGAGAUAACUGAGCUGCACUGGCAGAGACCGAACCUUGUGUCACUCACAGGACGGCCCUGGUGUGAGGUGGGAGACAGGGCCCGGAGCCGUGGUCAGAACAGGCCAUGAACUCAC